AUGGACCUCAUCCACAAAUCACUAAUACCCGCGUCGCGUGCCGUGGCGGUGGCGAGCGGGCGCUUUGCCCCCGAGCUCGUGCACUCGGGAAGCCCAGCGUCCGAGUCCGCGGAAGAGGCAACCGAGCUCGAGCCGCUUGAUCUGGUCGUAGCGCACCUGAACCGGCUGGAACUGUACCGAGUCGACGCACGCGGGACACUGACCCUCGUGGCACAGACGGAGGUCGCUGCGCGCAUCGGCUCCAUCAGUCGUUUCCCGUCUCCAGUCUGGAUUUCGGGCCAGAAGCAACCAGUUCGCAAGGACUGGCUCCUAGUCGCUAUUGAUAGUGGCUUCAGCGGCGGUGCCGUUGCGCGUAGUGCUGGGCAAGUAUCCAUGAUUGCCAUGAUCGUCGAGUUCAAACCGCUGCUUGCGACCUGGUACGCGCAAGCUGUCUACAGUUUUGCACAGGAGUGUGUCUAUGUUCUCCAGGAUGACGGCAUUCGUGAUGCCGCCUUGACCAUUGACAAGGCCCUAGAGCAUGUCGUCUUGAGGGCGGGCGCAGUCCUCGGUGACGGCAUGUGGCGCCGUGGUGGCGGCUACGGCGAGGAGCGGCCCCUGACCUGCGUGGACGCCGUCGAAGCUGCGGUCGACUUUUUGAACGAAUCGUCCAGAGAAUCGAAUUUCCAGUGGAACGACGGGCGCUGUGGUGCACUGGUUGUGCCUGCAUGGCGCAAAGCGUACAUCCUCGCACCGCCGCUUUGCAGUGGUACGGGCGCUGCCCUAGCCCAUUGCGGCAUCCGCGACGACGUGGUCAACGAAGGCGCCCUCGAUGCCGACCCAACCGCAGGUCGCGACGCGCAUACACGAACCUCCUAUGGACCAGGAGCAAUGCUCUGGACCGAGGAUGUCCAAGAAACGCCAGUGAGCGAGCGCAUCCUCCCCGGGAUACCCGCCGCAGAGACGCGUGGCCGUAAACUGCUCAUCACCGAGCGGGAUCAAGGCAUUCAGGAUGCGCAUCGAGUCUACUAUUACGCGGUCGAGUUGGAGGCGCUUCUUGGUCAUGUUCGCAUUCUGGACUGCUGCUUCCUAACCGGAACCGCACUGCCGACCAUGGUCAUGCUCUACGAAGAACGACCGACCUGGGCAGGCCGCGUCGAGGCAGUGAGCAACUCGUGUGCGCUGGCGGCGAUUGUGCUACCUCCACUGCCGGCAGGCGCAGCCGGUGAAGAGCCGCUCGUUGCCUGGCGAAUCCAAGGCCUUCCAUUCGACGCAGAAAAAGUCGUACCACUGCCGUCUGUUGAAUGGGAUCGUGCAGCAGAGCAGGGUCUGUUGCUAAUCGCCGCCAAUGUGCUGUUCUGGAUCCGUGGCAAUGGACAAAUCGGUGCCAGUUUAAGCGGAAAUCAUUUUGGUGAUACCUUCAUGGAGCUCGAUGGUUGCCAGCUCCCGGGCGCCUUGUACGGGGGCACCGACAGCGACAUCAUCAGCCGCUGCAGGACGUCACAAGUGCUCCAUUUCCGAGGUGCAUGUAUCGCGCCGGUGCGCUUGCACCGUUACGGGCUCUUCCUCGCCGACGGAAACGUCUACCAGCUGGCGCUUCACGCGGAUGCAGAAUACCCGCUGCGACUCGAAGCGCUUCGUGUUCGCGGAGAGUCGCGGUUAGCGCCAGCUCCCCUGGAUGCCAAGCUCCUUAGCCGAGACCUGCUGUUUGUGGCGGCGCAUUUAGGCUCCUCUGUACUGUACCGGAUGACGCAAGUGCACCCGCAUGGACGACGGACCCGAACGUCAGCUGCAGAGAACGGGACACUGCACAAAAACGCGACUACCAAAGAAGCACAAUGGGAAUUGCAGCAACGGGACACCAUCUUUCAACUUGGUCCGAUUGUUGAUUUGGUGGUGAUUCCCCCGCGUUACAGUCCACCAGCGGGUACGCUGCUGGAUCCCGGUGAGAUCCUGGCUGCAACAGGGCAUCAACAUCAGAGCUGCCUCGCACGCUGCACCUAUCAGGUGCAGACUCGGGAGUGGCAACGCAUUCCCUCCGCUGGAUGUCGGCGAGUCUGGUCCCUGUACGCGGAUCACGACGGCACUGGGAUGCAUCAAGAAGAGCAGGCGUUCCUUCUGUUGAGUUUGUCCAAGUCCAGUGUGAUUCUCGAUAUCCGUCGUGGCUUCGAACAGGCCGCAGAUACACGGGUGCUGCUUCCGUCGCCGACCAUAGCGGCCGGGAAUCUAGCCCAGAGACGUCUGAUCGCUCAAGUGCAUCGUACGGGUAUCCGCCUGCUGGACGCCAACCUUGACGUCGUCUACGAAGAGGAUAUGCUCUUGGCCGCCCUUGAGCCGGGGACAGCUGUAAGUGGAGCGAGCGUGGUCGAUCCGUAUAUUGCGGUGUGGUUCACGAAUCAUCGUCUACAGGUGUGGAGGUUGGAGCAUUUUUCAGAGGCGGAGGCCGAACGAACGACUUAUCGCUUGAGUCUGGUUUUCAGUAGGGAGCAUGUGCUCUGUGCAAGCCUCUACGAUGGCGUGCUGUGUCGGGAUUUUCAGGCCGCUUGCAGACCACCGAGAAGCACUGGAAACCUGCGGACGUCUGGACGGCCAAUGCGUUUGAGGAGACGCGGGGCGUCCGCAGCACCGGGCUCAGCGGCGACUGCAGCAGCAACCCAGUCGAGUCGCGAGACACAUCGAGCAGUACCGCCCUCUGCACUGAGUCGAGGUCAACGAGCGCUCGCAGGAGCGGAUCUACCCCCUGAACUGGGCGCAGAGGAGACAUUUCUAUAUGGAGCGCUCGCACUGAGCGACGCGGUUUCAGAUGCGACUCCCGAGGGAGCCAGCAACGGUACCCCCGAGACGACUGCGCGAGGCUCGCAACCCGAGGAGCCUGUCGUUCCCGCGUUGCACAGCAUGCUUGCAGUUGUUUCCGUGGAUGGUGCCCUGUAUUUGUAUGCGCUUGGCAGCGAAAAGAACUUGUUGUUGCUGCGAUGCAAGCGUUUCUUUCUGGGCGUCCACCAGGUUUUGGAUGAUCGAUCGCGACAAGCUGCGUCCUUCACAGAUGCUGCCUCAGCAGAAGCAGACGCUGAAGCAGAGUCCUCGGCGGCAACGACAACGAUAACGACGACUCCGCCGACAUCACCCAGGGGUGGUACGACGGGCAUGCUCCAUCGCAUGCCCGGUGAAGCAACGCUCGAGGUGUCUGCACUCGAGAGCGGGACUCGGACCACGACGCCCAGCCAGGGCGCCGGUUUGACUUCUUUGUCGUCGUCGUCGUCGUCGUCUAUGCCUCGCAAGCGUACUGCCACAACCGGCGAGGACGCACCGAAAGGCCUCGGCUCUAUGCCUGCGAACGGCCGAGAGCUUGGCCCGAGACGCACCCGACAAGGCAAAGUGCUCGACGUUUGUCUAGUCGACAUCGGCGAGCGCACAUGUCCAGUUCUGGCGGCUGUGCUUGCCUCGGGUGAGGUGGUGCUCUAUCGCGGCUACGUUGUGAACCGGGGGAUCCUCUGCUUUGCACGCGUCGGUAGCGAUGCCUUGAGCACGGUGUUGACUCCGAGUGUCGGUGUCUCCGCGAAUGCGCCGCCGAUGAGUCUGUCGACGUCAAUAGGAACAACCGCACCUGAACGAGACAGCAAAGCAAGCAGUCGACGUUCCGUAUCCAUUCGUCUGAUGCCGUUCCGGCGUAUCCAGGGCAAGUCUGGCAUCAGCAUCAUCGGUCAACGGGUUAUUCUGGUGCUCGGAGAUACCGGAUACCCGACCAUCCACCCGGUGCGAGGCCCUGGGCUGCUUGCGCUCGCGGAUCUGCACCACGAGGGUGUAUGUUCGCAAGGUUUUGUGUCGGUGGCGACGGACGGUACCGUCCGUAUUGGGCAGUGGCCAGUCCUCGCCCGAGCGCAAGCCGUUGGCAACUUUCUCGUGCAGAAGCACGCCUGGCCGCAGCCCGAAUACGUAGAGCGGCUUCUCCACGAUCCCUCUACGGACACGAUUCUAGCGAUCGUGGGACGUAUGGUGCCCGCAACCGAAGCAGCUGUCAAGUAUUUGCUAGAGGGGAAUCGCUAUGAGUCAAUGCUACGUCAUGCACGACGCAAACAACAACAACAACAGGAACAACAGGAACAACAGCAGGAGCCAGGGCUGCAAGAAGCCGAGGAGUCUGCUGUCCGAGUCACGCGCUCAUCAGGGAUGCAGCCUCCGCAGCCGCUGCUACUGAACGCGGACGCUCGUCGAGUACCAGCGUCUCGCGGUGAUACUGCAGGGAUACGGGCCCGUGGCGACUCGUCGACGGCGGAGCCCAUGGAUAUGGACGACGUCGCGAAUGGUGCAUCCGCAAUGACCACACCAGGAGGCGUUAACGGUACCGCAGAGACACCUUGGCCGUCAACGACCGCACGUAGCGUCGACGAGUCCGUAGCGGGUGAUGUCGCAGAUGAUCCACCGAAAGCGCUGGCGGCUUUCGAAGAGCAGAAACUUCGCCCAUUCGAUUCGGGUAGAGAGCGGGAUCUGCCGCUGCUGAUCGACCAGCAUGCGGUCGUAUUGCUUGCACGAAACUCUCUGGAGGUGCUGGCGCGUUACGACCUCGAACAGACCGAGGUCGGGCUGGCGAUGUGUGCAACCAGAAUCCGGCAUUUUCAGCGCACCGGCGACGACGAGGCACCACGUUUCACAGAGCGAGACGUGCUCGUGGUUGGGACGUGCUUCCUGCGGGGUGAGGACACCAGCAUUCGCGGUCGCCUGCUUGUUUUUGAAAUCAGUCGACAAGAGGGCCGCCAGCACCAUCAGCACCAGCGAACCCUCUACCAGAUGCAGACGCUUGCCGCAACCGAAGUCAAAGGAGCAGUUUCGGCGGUUGCGCCGGUCAAGGGCGGCUUCGUGUGCUGCAGCGCUGGACCGCGUCUCGAAGUCUACAAACUGAUCGAGGACGAAAUGUCCUGUAUAUCGUUUUAUCCGGGUAUUAAUUUGUUCUUUUCGCAUGUUGGCACGUUGAAACAGUAUAUUCUCGCUUCGGAUAUGCGGUAUGGUGUUUCGUUUCUCUUCUGGAGGUCUCGCAACGUUUCGCAGAAUUUCCUCUGUCGCGAUGAGGCGCAACGUGAACUGGUUGCAUCGGAAUGGUUGAUGCACGGUACCAAGGCGAAUGUACUCUCAGCGGACAUGCUUGGCAACAUCAUUGAGUUGAGUAUUCCGAGUCCAGUGGAUCCCGAGUCAGCCGGUGGAACGCGUAUGACCUUUGAGGCCGGUUUCCAUGUUGGGUCGCGGCCGAACGCGGUGCGUCGGGUACGCAUUGAUGAUCCGAGUGCUGAGACGCCGCCUCCAAACGAGCCGUCGUCACUCUGGAAUACGCAUGUGAUCUUGCUGGGCACCGUUGACGGGAUGAUUACCAUGGUUUCUCCACUGUUACGCGGCGUGGCGAAGAAACUCGAGCUCGCCGCCCAAGAUCUCAUGCUGGAGCCGGAGCUUCGCAAAUGGUGUUUGUACGCCCGUUCCUGGCGAGUGAUGCGUUCCUUGACGGUGGCGGCGGGUCUUCGGAAACCGAAGCGCUCUAUCCUCGAUGGCGAUGUGUUGCAGCUGUACGGGUCUCUGGAUACACCGCGUCGGAAGGAGAUCGCGCGCAGAAUCGGCAUGCCUCAGGAAGCGCUUUUCGAAGCGAUAUUCGGUACGAUUGAUGAGGUAUUGCAGGUAUUCUAG